AUGGGGAAUAUACCCACAAAAAUAGUUUAUUCUGUCCCAAUAAGUGAAAAACUAGCAGGUGAAUCACCAAUAUACCGAAAUCCAUUAAGUUUAGACAAUUUAAUAUCAUCCCCAGAUAGCGAUAUAUAUACAAUGUAAGAUGUUUUAUUAAAAUCAUUUAAUGAGUAUCCCUCAAAUAAAUGCUUGGGUUCUAUAAAAACAUAAUAAAAUAAUAUCGAGAAAAAAUAUAUAUUUAAAACAUAUUCAGAAGUACAUUUUUUAUGUUAAAAUUUAGCUUCAGGCAUACAUGUAUUAAAUUUAGCUUAAAAAAUAUAACAAAAUGGUUAUCGUGAAAUGAAUGUUAUAGGAAUAUGGGGUAAAAACUCUGAUGAAUGGAUAAUAUUAGACUGUGCAUGUUGUUUAUAUAAUUACACUAGUGUAUGUAUCCCUGAGAAAAUUCGGGUGGAAGACUUAUUAUAAAUUUUCGAAUAAACGCAAAUAAGUACAUUAUUUUGCGGAAGUAAAUAAUUAAAUAAAAUAACUAAAAUAAUGCAAAAAAACAACAUAUAGUAAUUAGUAAAUUUAAAAAAUAUAGUUAGUUUUGAUGAAUAGAGUUUUUUUUUGAAUAACUUUCAAAUUAAUUUUUUCACUUUUGAUUCUGUUAUUAAAAAAGGCGCACUUUUUCACAAUCUUCAAAUUCCUUUAGUAUCUCCUGAUUAAGUUUUGACCAUAAAUUUUACUCUAAAUCAAUAAAACGGGAAAUAUAUAGGAGCUCUAAUUUCCCAUAGAAAUAUAGUUAGUUUUUUAGCCGUAUUGGUAAACAAUUAGUAUAUAAAAUUGAAUUAAAAUGACGUUUAUUUUAGUUAUUUGCCACUUUCUCAUAUUUAUGAAAGAGUGGGUGUAUACGGCUGUCUUUUUGGAGGAUGUGCGGUAGGGUUUUAUAGUGGGGACAUAGAAAAUUUGAAUGAAGAUUUGAGAAUCUUACAGCCUACAAUACUUUGUUCUGUGCCUUAGAUAUAUAAUAAAUUAUAUGAGACUAUAUAUAUGUAGUAUUUCGAAAAAGCUGAAGGGAUUUCAAAAUGGAUAAACGAAAAAGCUUUCGAAAAAAAACUUUAGAAUUUUAAAAAUUCAGGAGUGGCUGAUGUUUAGCAUUUUUUUUUAGAUAAAAUGGUUUUUGGUGAAAUUUAAGACUCUAUAGGUGGUAAAGUUAGAUUAGCAUUUUCUAGUGGGGCUCCUGUUUUUCCACAUGUAUAGGAACGAUUAUAAAUUAUGUUUGGUUUCUAGUUUAUUUAAGUAUAUGGAUUGACUUAGUCUACAGGACCUGCUUUUAUGAGUAAUCCUCUAGAUUCAACACCUGGGCAUGUAGGAGGACCUACCAUUAACAUAGAAUUUAAAAUUGUUGAUGUAUCUGAAAUGAACUAUUUUACUGACGAUAAAGAUGGAGCUAAAGGAGAAUUGUAUAUUAGAGGAUUUAGUGUUUUUGAUGGAUAUUUAAAUAAUGAUGAAUAAACAAGAAAGGAGAUUGAUAAAAACGGGUGGUUACAUACAGGAGAUAUAGUUCAUUUAAGGGAAAAUGGGUCUAUUAAAAUAAUAGAUAAUAGAAAAAAUAUAUUCAAACUUUCAAAUGGAGAAUAUUUUUGUCCUGAAAAUUUAGAAAAAAUAUAUAUGCAAGUACCUUGCAUUAGUGAUAUAUACGUACAUGGGGAUAGCUUUUAAAAAUAUUUAGUAGGCAUAGUUGUUCUUAGGAAAGGUUAAGUGAAAAGUUGUGAAGAAAUACUUUAAGAUAUUUAAAAAUUAGCUAAAGAUAAAGGAUUAUUUUAAUAUGAGAUUUUAAGGAAAGUUCAUAUUGAAAAAAUACCUUUUUAGACUUUAGGAUUGAUUUUACCUUGCGGAAAACUCAAAAGAUAUUAGACUAAGGAAAAAUAUAAAAACAUUAUUUAUUCUUUAUAUGAAUUUUGA